AGUCUCAUAUCAUUCGCUCAGAGCUAUGACUCGGGAAAGGAAUACAAAUAUAAGUUCGAGUCCUAUGUCUAUACAUCGAUUCGCAACACUAGGAACCAGUGCUCGGGCACCGCCACCAUCAGCGAUGUCAUCAUUCAAAUACACCAAGACCACUUCUUCAUUAAGAUCAACGAUAUUAGGUUUGAUGUCGUGAACCAACAGAUUGACGGCUUGUUUGAGAAGAAUCCGUUCACUUUCAAAGAUGUGAAGGCAUUCAGUGAUCACAUCUCCAAGCCUUUCAAAGCGGUUGUACUGAACGGUCAGAUCAGACAGAUUUAUAUCGGAGAGGAUGAGCCCGAAUGGAGGUCAUUUGGUGAGUGCGACACCAGUUAUACCAUCAGAUCAGAGCCAAGUCUUUUCAACUCCGAGAAAGUCUUGAAUAUAACUAAAGUCAGAAACUAUGAGAAGUGCGCCAAAAGACCGCAUCCUUUCCGAUACGCAUCGGAAAUAAGCCAACACUGCCUUGAAUUCAAUUCAAUCAGAAAACCUAUUCUACAAAUAUCUGCUGUUUAUGACUAUAAUAUGAGAGGAACUCUGAAAAACUUUGUCAUAGAAAAGGUGACCCAAAAGGAGUUCAUAUCGAGCACUCCCUAUGGAAAGGAUGGACUCAUUUUUGAUUUAAAAUCCAAAGGAGUUCUCGAAUUGCUUGACAUUAAAAAUAUCACAGAAACCCAUGUAAUACCAGACGACGCGAUCCCAUCCACAGAUUUGUCAAACUCUCCGCUCCAGAAGAAUGAGUUCUUUGAUAACAUAGACCUUAGAAGAGCUCACUUCCUGCGAGAUAUAUAUCGAUAUCAGUCACCACUCACUCAAAUCGUCACUCUAUUGGACGAAACAGUGUCCGAUUACAGCAAAUCUGAUACAAACCCCGCUGACUCUGUGCUGCCAUCAAAGUAUGGCGAGAUUAUCGACGCCCUGUCCACUCUGGACUACGAGGGCGUCGAACAGUAUGGCGAGAUUAUCGACGCCCUGUCCACUCUGGACUACGAGGGCGUCGAACAGGUGUUUACAACCGUUUUCGAUAAGAGUGAAGAUCACAGUGCUGUACAGGAAUCGGCAAAACUCAAGCGGACGUGUUAUUUGACAUUCAGUGCACUCGUAGGCAAGGAAUGCGUUCAACGAUUCAAAGCCACUCCAAAGCAUACUCACAGUCAUCACAGAAAAGAGCAUAAAGUCUCGGAUAAUUGUAAACAUCAUUGCAAUCCAGAAAUAGCCGGCAAAUACUUUAAGGCCAAAGAGGCCAUCCCUUUCCUCAAGACUUACAUCAAGAGCUCACAUACACAUUACGUCCGGUCAACAGCUGUCUGGAAACUGAUGGGAAUGGCAUCCAAUUAUCCCGAAGAAGUGCGAUCUGUUUGUGUUCCUGUCUUUUAUAACAAGUCUGAAGAACAAGACUUGAGAAUUGCUGGUCUGUUGGCCUGGCUAUCAUCCGGUCCUAGUUAUGCUCAGUUGCAUUUAAUUGCAAAACAACUGUUAGUUGAGGACAACCGACAGGUAGUGAAUAUGGCCUACACUACCAUCAAAUGGCUCUCUGAGUCCGAGCAUCCCUGUCAUAAACCAUUUGUUAAGGACUUACAGUCAGUUUUAUGGUUAUAUAAGAUAGCAUUUGACAGACAGGGCGGACGAGUCAGAAAAGGAGAUUCAAGAGCUUAUAUGCGGUCCCUAUUUGAUGAACAAUUCGGAAUCGGAGGCAUUCAACACUUUAGCCUAAUCGCUAGUAAUAGGAGUUAUGUCCCGAACUCUGUUUACAUUGGUUUCAGUGAUUUCAUUGCCGGCCAUUCCUUUGACACAUUCAGUCUCUCAAUACAGAGCUAUGGACUCGAGAAAGUGAUCAAUCGUUUCUUCGGUCAAAAGGGAAGUGUUUGGAGUAAAGCCAGUGUUUUGGAUAUAUUCAAGAAGCGCGUCGUUAGGGACGCCAACCCUAUUGAUGAUGAGCUCAAACUGAUUGAAAAUAUCUUGCCGUUUGAAACACGAGAAUCAGAAACAAUUAACGGAGACAUAUCUCUGUACACUCAGGGCUACACAAUCUCUUACAUUGAUUUUGACGAACAAUUCUUCUCUUCUAUACUAACGGAAGAGAACCGUAUUGUUGUCCUCAGAUCUGAAGUGGGAAUUCCGUAUUUCUUUGAAUACAAGACUUUGACGCAAACUAAUCUCAUUAAUAAUAAAUUGAGUUUCGCUGUACAGCCGGCGCUCUUUAGUGAAGACCGCGAUAAUAAGUCGCCCACAGAAUUCAGAAUUAGCACUGACUUCAAGUAUGUGUCCAAUUCGCACAAAUAUGCCAUAACUGGCAUCCUUAUGCCUGUUAUCACCAACAGAGAAAAGUCAUUUCCGCAAAGGAUAGCAAUAUACAGAAUACAACCGAUGGCUAAUCCCUAUGAAAUCCGAGUGAGAACUAUAGCACCGGUAGAGAAUGCUUCCACUCAGUUGUCUAUAAUCAUCUCCGCUGACGAUUAUAUAAACUCUGCUAAUGAUAAUGGAUUCAAAGUAUGUGCCGUCGCUUCCGUCAAAUAUCCAGAAUAUGACUUAAAUAAGUUCGCAAAGUUAGACACUUUGGGUUUGGACCACACCGUCAACCUCACCACCAGAAUAGCUUUUGGACAAAAUUGUAACAAUGAAUCCGAAAUCAAUAUAAAGGGAGACAUAUCUCAAACGGAUGAACAAAAGAUAUUAGAGAAAAAUCGGAAUAAAAUGACUCCCGAAAAGUCCAACCCAUAUGCUACGGCUAUGGCUUCAGAACUGGAGCCGAACGAUACUAUUCAGGAAAGUUGUGCGGAUUAUGUGGUGACAAUAAUGGAGACCAAACUCAUGAGUUCAGGGCUUCCAACGGAAGAGUAUUCAGGAAUUCCGAUCCAUUUUCUUAUAGCUAUUUAUUAA